AUGGGAAGCAGCGCUUAUGCUUGUCCGGCCCACGGCCCGCAGUCCAUUACACCAUUCGCCGCGGCAGCUGCUGUAGCCGCCGCAGCCCGAGCAGACAGGGAGGGCAGGAGACAGAGUGGUGGGGCGGGGCGAGCGGCACGGCCGGAUUCAUUCCUGUGGGGCGCGGGGUAUGGAGGAGCUGUGCGACCGCAGGCGGUGAAGGGCGGCCCGGGCGGCGGCGGGGACAACGGUUUUCUUUUGAAGGGGGCGGCCCGAGACCGAGCGGCCAGCGGCGGCGAGGGGACUAGCCUUCGGGCAGGUAGUGACGGCGGCGGCGGCGGCCUGUCGGCUCCCAGGCCGCGGCCUGAGGCGCUCGCAGGAAGGCCCGGGCGGGAAGGAAGGGCUCCCUGGGAGCGGAAGGCGGGAGGCAGGAUGGAAGCCGUGGAGUUGUCGAGCGGUCGGGAGGGUUCGUGGUAG